GUUAAGCAUUUAUUAGACACUGAUCAACACGCAUCGCCGGUGCGUAUGUUGAAUAUAUUCAGAGGAGGAUUUGUAUUUAUCUAACGAUGGAGGCUUUAUUGGAACAGCAGCGUCGCUACCAUGAGGAGCGAGAAAGACUUACAGAUGCGAUGACAAAAGAAAUGCUUCAUCCUGCAAAACCGGGCAGAGAACAAAUCAAUUCUGAUCACAGACUGAGGCAUUUGCUUGAUAGAUAUCAAGAAGGAACGACAGAACUGAAAGAGCUGUAUGAGGACAAAGAUGGCUUAAGGAAAGAGGAAGUGCAGGCUUUAUCAGGACCAAAUGAGUUUGCCGAAUUUUACUCCAGAUUAAAGGGAUUAAGAGACUUUCAUAGAAAACACCCGAAUGAGAUCAGUAUACCUAUGUCGGUGGAGUUUGAUGAACUAGCAAAGGCCAGAGACAACCCAUCAGAUGAAGGACAGUACCUGGCUGAAUUUGCUGAUGAAGAAGGUUAUGGCAAAUAUCUUGAUCUUCAUGAGUGUUAUGAGAAAUAUAUCAACCUGAAAGGAAUUGAGAAAGUAGAUUACCUGACUUAUAUGUCGACGUUUGACCAACUGUUUGAAAUUCCAAAAGACAAGAAGAAUGCAGCAUAUAAAGAAUAUUUGCUGUUCCUGUUGGAGUACCUGGAGGGUUACACACAAAGGGUGCGACCUUUACUGGAUAUUGGCGACGAAAUGGACAGUGUAAAGCUGGAGUUUGAAGCACAGUGGGUAGAUGGCUCAUUUCCAGGCUGGCCAAAAGAGGCAACAGGUGCAUUGGCCCACACAGGUGCCCAUUUAGAUCUAUCUGCCUUCUCUUCCUGGGAGGAAUUGGCGUCCCUGGGAUUGGACAGAUUAAAGAGUGCCCUGAUGGCGUUGGGGGUCAAGUGUGGCGGUACUUUAGAGGAACGAGCUAUACGAUUAUUUAGCACAAAAGGCAAGAACUUAGAAGAUCUGGACCCAGCAUUGUUUGCAAAAUCUAAACCUGGUCGGGCAGGCAAAAGUCGAGAUACAGAACGACAGAGGGAGAUAGGGCACCUUGAGGGCCAGGUGUACAGGUUUGCAGAAAUACUGGGUGAACAGAGGUCCUCAACUCGUGAUAACGUUCAGAGAAAACAGGCACGGACUGGUGAGGAGAGAGAGGAGUCUGAUGAUGAACAGUAUGCAGAGUCAGAUUCAGAUGAUGAUGAUGAUGUACCAUACAACCCAAAGAAUCUGCCACUUGGUUGGGAUGGAAAGCCAAUCCCAUACUGGUUGUACAAGUUACAUGGCCUAAACAUCAGCUAUACCUGUGAGAUAUGUGGAAACUUCACAUACAAGGGACCUAAGGCAUUCCAGCGACAUUUUGCUGAAUGGCGACAUGCUCAUGGAAUGAGGUGUCUUGGGAUCCCAAACACUGCUCACUUUGCCAACGUCACACUGAUAGAGGAUGCCCUAGCUUUGUGGUCAAAAAUCAAGUCUACCAAGGAAACAGACAGAUGGAAGUCAGAAACAGAGGAAGAAUACGAAGAUACAAGUGGGAAUGUAUUUAAUAAGAAGACAUAUGAGGAUUUAAAGAGACAAGGUUUAUUAUAGUUCUGUGGAGUACAGAGGAUGUGGUUUGUUGGUCCAGAUAUUAAACUAGAAUUGCCAUCGAUACAGAGGGAAACAUUGGCUGUUAUAAGCUGCUUACUGGAAAUGACGUGUUGGUCGGGAUACUGAAAAACCUACAAGUGUCAUAAAUACAUAGGUAGGGAUAGUCAGUUAAACUGUGUACCGCAGGACGAGUCUGGAUACAGGCUCAAAACAAAAAGUCUCAUUGAUCAGGUUCUAAUACUAGAUUCAAGUGCAAUUUUUCAUUCAUAAUCAGAAGAAAAUUAAACUGUGAAUAUUAAUGAGGAUGUUUCUCCAUUUUUAGCAGGUUGUCAGGUUCAUUGCACAGAAUUCCAUAUUGCUGUUUCUUGGAAAUAUAUUUUUGAGGUUGACAGCUCAAGAUCAUUUGUACGAGUAGAUCAAUGACAAGCAAUUACUUCUCCCCUGACAUCUCAUAUACAUAUGUAAUGCCCUAGUGGUUUCGUUCCUUUAGGGAUUGGGAUGUCAUACAUUAAGUUAGAGCUUCAGGGUUAUAGGGUCAAGGUCACAGUUACUAUUUUUAGCACUUGACCAAUAUAACUUGAACGAGUUAAGUUUCAGGGUUGUAAGGUCAAGGUCAUCAGUGAAUGUUGAAUCACGAAGGGAUUUGUUGAUUGCAAUGUCUUGUUGCCAUCUAAAAUAGGAUUAAUGUGACUUCAUUAACAUAUUUCAUAAUUUUGACAGGUAGUAAUGAUCUUACUGGUCCUUCAUAUACAAAUGGUACAGACCUGUAAAUUAUAGAAGUCUCCCCUGUAUUACCUGUGACAAUUCUACUGACAUCUAGCCACUACAUCUGUUGUGGAGAAAUACACAUGUAAUAUAAUUGUUUUAAAUGUGAAAUCAUAAUUCGAUAUAUCACUAUUCUUCAUUCAGAAUCGGUACUCGCACAUCAUGUACAAAAUAUUUUUCAUUAAUUAAAUGACUAUCAACAUAA